GGCUUCGCCAUUUCUCACGCGAUUUAGCGUCAGUCCAGAGCAGUCUCGAGACCGAAUGAUACGUUUCCUAAACAGAAGAUGACUGAACAAGACGAAACUAAUUCGAGUGCGAAUAAAUUCGAUUUGCCAUUCACAGCUCCGGAGAAACAAAAGGCCCGUGCGAUUCUGCGGGAACGUUUUCUGCGUGUCAUUAACGGCAUUAUCGGUAAACCAGUAGAAUUUUCUUUAUACGAAAAUACACAAGUGUCAGGCGAAUUCAGAGGUUGCGACAUCGAAUGUUCCAAAGUUUUCGUAAGGAAUUUGAAGACACCACUGGGAAUGAUUCCGGAAGCCAUCCUCCGAACCAAUGACAUAAUUUGUUUGGACAUAGAUAUUAAUAUCGAAGGACAAGAAGAGUGUGAGAAGCAAGUAAACACUGCAAUGUCAAAUGUGUUGUAAAAAAAAAUUUAUUUUUUGUGUUUUUUUAGAAUAAUAUGUAAACGUAAUUAUCUAUAUUUGGUAACCUACGAUCGACGCAUAUUUAACAUUGUGUUUAUUUCGGAAAUAAUGCGUCUUAAGUGGUCGAUUAUUUCCUUAAUGUGCCUAUUCUUUAAUACCACUUGCUGGAAAAAAAAUAAUUCCAAUUUUCAUCGAGAUUUAAUAUAAGAAUUAUGCGUUAA